UUAACCGCCGAGCCCGUGUGAUACGACCGUUCAGUACCGCACAAAGCCGGAAUUACAGUACACACACACACACACUGGUGUGCACGACGGGCAAAAUCAUUUUGUAAACGGUUUUUUAUUCAUUUGUUUUGGUUUUUUUUUUCAUGUGCAUCUAGUCACCGUUUUUUUUUCCUCAUAAAACGACACAAACGCUCAUAAUUAUUACUAUCUAUCGUAUUGUACACUAUUUGUUUAAAUACAUUUUUAAUUAUUAUAUUCACAAGUUGUCGUAUACACCGAGUUCGAGUAUUAAUACUUCCGAUUGAUUCCAACAGAUCUCAAGCGGAUUUAUUACAAAUUUUCGUCCCAGGUAUAUCUGAAUGGCAGACACUGCACGGAGAAGUCAAAUCCGUUGUUCUAAACCUGACAUAAUAGCGCGAAGGAAAAUCAAUUACCCAACAUAGGGGACAUAAUGAUGCAGGGAAUAAGCAUAAAAUCCCCAGAUCAAGGAAUAGUGCCAGCGACGAAGGAUACUGGCCGAAGUCGCCGAAAAUCCCGGUGGAAGCUCAAAUUUCACCAUCAAGCGUUACCCCCAGAAUACUUGAACCACUACGAAGCGUCCAUGUUGUCUCCCCAACCGUCUCAGAGCGUAGCACAGUCGACCUCGCCUGUACCUUUGAAAUCUAAGCUUUUGCCAGAUGCUCAAACUAGCGUUAGAUUCGAUGACUUGCCGUACAUGGGAGAGAUGACGUUAGACAACGCUAAACCGCGGAGGGGACGCAAACCGAAGAAGGCCGAUAUAUGUCACUUGAUUUACAAAAAUUACGGUACUACCGUAGUGGAAGAACCGCUAAACUUGUGCGUGAGAGACCAAGUGCCGUCGAUAGUCGAUUACAAUAUGGCCGCCGGUGGUUCUUCUGGGGCGGUCCUGCCGGAGUCGAUGGAUUUCCAUCCGUCAAAAGACCCGAAACGCAAGAGCAAAAAAUCACUGGCCAGAGAACGUCUGGAAAAAACGUUCAAAGAAAAAGGAUUCUUGAUACAAACCCAACAACUGGAAUCCGCCCAGGGCGCCACUUACUGCAAGUUCAGGCAGCUGAGGAAGUUCACCAGAUACUUGUUCCGGAGUUGGAAACACCAUUUACCCGGCGACGUCGUGGACAACGGCGUCACCAGUCCAGUCACAUGAGCCCGUUUUAGUGUGUGUUUAAUAAGUUAAAGUUUUCCAUUUUGUUGAGAGUUGGUUUCUAUAUUAACCGGCAGUUCUGUCAAGUUAACCCACGCAGUAAACUGUGACAACAGUGUGAGAAGAGUCUAACGUUCUCGGAGAACACAAUAUUUAAACGAUUAAUGUCAAUUUAUACAAGUCAACGUAGUGGCUAUUUGAUUAUUUGAUUUGACAUUUUCUGUACGAAUACUAUCAAAAUUAAUUUUGGUUAUUUUUCAUAACGAAAAUAUCUAAGACACCGAUUCAAUAAAUGUAUUCGAAAUAUACUAAUACAGAAUACUGUAUGUACUGUGUACAGGUUAAAGGUGCAAAAUCGAUUCAACUUAUAGAAUCAACCUCUUAUUUACAUUCAAUUUAAAUUAAGGGAACUACGAACAACCUAGUCGAAUCUAUUUCAAAUCUACAAAUAAAAAUAAUUUUGUAAAAUUUAUUGUUACCAUCACAUUUUUAUAAGAAAAAAAAAUGAACUUAAUUUUUGAUAAUUUGAUAUUUAUUUUGACAAAUAAAUCCCGUGAUUUUGUAGCUAGACCUUGAUUAUUUAAAUAAUAUAUGCUGCUGUGUAUUAUUUAAUAAUACAAACACUCUUGAGACAUUUUUGUAUGUAAAUAUUACCUAGUUAAUUUAAUUUGUAAGAUAAUAUUAAACUGAUGGACUAACAACAAACUUCGUUAUUUAUCUGUGAUAAAUAAGGUGCUAUAUUAUGUUGUACAACCAUGUUAUCUAAUGUCUCAGAAAAUAUUUAAGCACCAUGUCAUGUUAAGUUGAAAAUUCUGUUUGUUCGUUUUUUUUUUUACUUGUUUGUACGUUGUUAAAAUUAAUUUAUUCGUGGUUACACUUUUUGUUACCAGCAAUGUUAGCAUAGCUAAUUUGAUGUUAUAUUUUUUAAAGAAAAAAACAUUAAUAAAACUAUAAUAAAAUAAUGGUAUAAAAUAAUAUUAUAGUUUGUAUUGGACUUGUAUAAUCACACGGGGCUUAAGUUAUAAUGCAGAAACAAAUACA